AUCCUACUUAGUACACAUUGCGCUGCUCAAGUAAACUGCGCCAGUCGCUCGUAAUAUUUUCAAAAUAAAAAAACAAAAACAAUUGUACGUGAACGUAAUCGUGAUGUGCAAUCUCCAACUUUUCGUGUCAUAAUUGGAGCGUUACAUUCGAUGCAGCGAAAUGGAAAUAUUACAUCUGUAACGCAGUUUUGUUUGCUGUUUCCUUUUUCUUCCGGUGGUUACUAGGUAACAGCCAGUUAGAGUAUUGAUUUUGAUCUGCGUUUUAUGCAGGAAUGACGAAAUUCGAAUCUCCGCCGCCGCGCGACUCGCUCACUUGUAAUUGAUUUUUUUUUAAAUAGAAAUAGGGAAAACCUUGAAUUUGGAUGAUUACAUUUAUAUAGCCUGUACAUUUCUCUUUGUUGCUGUAGUAUGCAAAAACGUUCAUCGAUGAUGAUGUAAACAGGAAAUGCGAUAAGGUUCAAAAUGAACGCGGUGGGGUCGAACAAAAAAAAAUAGAGUAGUUUAUGUAAUACUGGAGGCGCAGAUGUGUUUUAGCCUCCGUCUUGUUUAUUGAAGGAUUUACGAAACGUUUACAAACGGCUUUCCUAAAUUAGACUUUGUUUUCUGCGCUCUGUGCACUUUGCGUUCGCCUCAUUUAUUAAUAUCCUCGCAGACUAAUGCGUUUAUGAUAAUCAUCUGAGAGUUUCGACGCCGGAAAGUCUAUGAGACGUGAAGUCAUCAGUCGUAAAUAUCAAUAAUUUAUAUACGGAAAACCAAAAUGUGUCCGACGUUGAACUUGUCCCGAUAUUGCAUCGAGGUUCCCAUUUUUAUGGUGUUUUUUGCGGCAUACAUAUCAGACUCGAUCAACACGAAUUUCGUGAUCUAUCGCACUUGCACCGUGAUAUUGGGCUACAGCGAGUCGAACUGCUCGAAAUUGGGUGAGAGGUAUUUGGAUAAUGCUACCCAUGAACUGCUUGAAGAAGUCCAGCCUGAAGCGAACACGAUUUUGAUGAGCAACUCGUUGCUCUCUUCCAUUAUCCCUUCUUUGAUCUGUCUGUUCGUAGGGCCAUGGUCCGAUACGCACGGAAGGAAAUCGUCCGUCAUUGUCACUACAGCAGGAAUGGCCGUGGCGUACUCGAUUAAACUAGCGAUAAGCUUAGUGCCGUGGACGAAUCCUUGGUUCCUGCUCUUGAGUUCCAUUCCAAUGAUAUUCACCGGAGGAUUUCCGACCUUCCUAAUGAUAUGCAUGUGUUACGCAACGGAUACCAGCACGACCGAAAGCAGAGGCAUGAGGAUGGCCAUUUUUGAAGUUUCUAUGGCUUUAGGUAUUUUCAUUGGAACGAUCACCUCUUCGUACAUUUACCACGCGACCAGCUACACAGUCGUCUUCCUGAUAAGCACGGUAUCCUAUAUGUUCGCCUUCAUUUUCACCAUCGCUUUCGUGAAAGAAACGAUCGUGAACAUAAGCGAAAUUGAGGAUUCCCCAAGUUUAUUCUCGUUGCAUCACAUAAAACACAUGAUCCAGACCACCAUAAAGGUGCGGGAUGGUUAUAAGAAACCGAUGCUGUUGCUGUGCAUAGCUUCGCUCUGCUUGUACAUCUUCGCGAUAAACGACGGAAGUCUGAUGUACAUGUACUUAAUAGAUAAAUUACAGUGGUCGAUGGAGUCGUUCACGAUAUUCUCGAGCGUGCACUCUAUCUUCUUCAUAGUCGGUUCCAUCCUAGGAGUUUAUCUAUUACACAAAAUUCUCAAGAUCGCCGAAACGUCCAUCCUCUUGGUUUCAUUCGUAUUCAUGAUGGUAUCUCAAAUCAUCAUCAGCUUUGCCACCGAUACUUGGCACAUCUACCUCGCUGCCGUUAUGAGGACUCCUGGAGGUAUGCUCAGUCCGAUGCUGAGAACCUUAAUCUCCAAAAUCGUGGGCACCGAUGAAGUCGGCAAGAUCUUUUCCUUUGCAGUUGCCCUCGAGAGCUUCACCACCAUCGUUGGAACUCCGCUUUACACUGCGAUCUACAACAGGACGUUGCAAUAUUUCCCAGGUUGCUUCUCCCUCGUCGAAGGUGGCGUCUUCUUAAUCGAGGUCAUGAUUAUCAUCAUCAUAAUCACAUUGAGAAGAAAGCAGCCUGGAAAUGUUCCUUACAAUGAAAUAAUCGUCAGCAAUUGAUGACGAAGUAAUCUUAUGAUAAUCUCAAUUCUGUGAUAGAAUUAUGUCCAUAUGUAGAUAUACGCACAAAUUAUCGUAUAUUUAGAUGAAUUUAUUAUAUAUUUUGUUAUUUUAAAAAAUCAAUCUUGGAAAUACUAAUAUUUUAAAAAUGGUUUUUAGUAUUGUGAUCAUAGAUUUUAUAUUUUAAUUUUUUUGUUAUUGUGUACUCAAAUAAAUAAAAUAUGUUUUUAUUCAA